AUGCGGGUCAUCGGCUCGACCAAGCGGGGCGAGGCGGGGGGCGGCGACGGCGAGAAAGCCGGCAGCGGUGGCGACGGGGCCGAGGCCGGUGGCGACGCCGGGGACUCGAUCUGGGACCGCCAGCAGCUCAUUGCCCGCAUCACCAAGCGCAAGGAGCAGGAACGCAAGGUGUUUGACCAUCGCGGUGGGCCGGGCGCCGCAGCUGAAUGCGUCGGAGGCGAGCCCUCAGAGCUGCCGUGCGGCGAGGCGCUGGAGGCAGUGACAGCCGGCGGAGCAGCGCCGCCGGUUGUUCCGAUGCUCUCACCGCGGCUGAUACAGCGGUCAUCAUCCGGAACGAGCAGCUACGGCGGCCACCUGCCGAUGGCGGUGCCGGAGCGGCGCGGGCGGACGAGCGGGACGUCGUCAGCCAACUCGAGCCGAAACUCGUCGCGGUCGCGGUCGGGCUCGCGGUCGGGCCAGCGGUCGCGGUCGGGUCAUCGCGGCUCGCUCUUUCCACAGAAGCUGCGUGAGCGCGAAAAGGCGGUGCUAGGGCAUGGAAGUAGCCAUGCGCGCACGUCGCCGAUGGAGGUGCUCAACAACCAGCUCGCGGAAGUCCGCGCUGAGAUCGCCGACAUGGCGGCACCGCUCGGCUCGCCGCGGCUCACCCGCCGCGACUCGGUCGAAGUCGCCGACCUCCGCGCCCGCCACUCGCACCGCCUGCAGCAGAUGGAGGCGCUGCUCCAGAGCCAGAUCGCCAUGCUAGCCCGGUUCGUGGCGCUCGAGGCAUCGAACCGCAGGCUGGAGGACAACUACGAGGCGCUCGUCGGUUUGCUCGUCGCUUCGGGCGUUGUUCCCGACCAGGCCGUCCCGUGAGCUCCAGCUAUGCGUCCGACCUUGCCAGCGCUCGGAGCGCCGUGAGAAAGUCAACAAUCUGGGGCGCGUCGCGCGACGCCGCCUCGGACCACAGCGCAUCGACCAUAGCCCCGAUGCGCGGCGCAAGCCACGGGAUGUCUUCUGACGCCGCAACGAGGAUGUCGAGCCACGUCUCGGGUGCGCCUCCGCUGCCG